AUGCCAUCCUUGUCGACUAUUGUCAACCACCCACUCUUCAACGUGGCAUUCUUUAUGGUGAUUCGCCAGUUUACUAAAAAGUUGCCCUUGGAGGAUCCUCAAUGGUUGUGGAAUCUACGCGCAUUCUUUGUCAUUUGCCAAACACUUGCCAUUGGUUUGCAGUUCUGGUUGAUGUGGAGAGUAGUCAAGAAGAAUGACCAAACACAACUUCGUUAUGUGGAACCUGCAAAGCAACAAUGGGAUGGUACUGAAGCACCCGAGGAAUUGAUUGUUACUACUUAUAAAGACUAUGAUGUGGCCGAGAUCAAGAAGGCAGUUCGCCAAUCCAUGACCAGCAUCUUGAUGAUUGGAUUCAUGCAUCUUCAAUUCAAGUUUGUUCAACCCCUGAUUAUCCAAUCGAUUUUGGCAUUCAAGAACUUCUUCAUGACCAAGGAAGCUCGUAUUCACAUUUGGGGCGAAUCCACUACCUCAGGUCCCUUGCGUAGACCUUUCCGCGUCGAAGCACCCUUUGGCAUUGUUUCUGAAGCUAAGCAACCCAAGACUGAUAAGGCUUCUAUCAAGCGUGCUGAAAAGGCUAUGAAGGCCGAGUAA